CUAUCAAAUUUAAUUCAAUUCUUGCAUCGGAUUAUUGUUAUUGCAUUAUUGUCGCCUAUUUUCUAAACUAUUCAAAUGGUUUAUAUUCUAUUGUUAGUCGACUCAUUCAUUUAUCUUUAUUUCUCUCUUCCAGUUACAGAUAAACAUGAAAGUACAAAUAUUAAUCCUUGUUAUUGCCCUGGCAGCCAUUGCCUCGGCCAAAUCUGUCAAAAAGAAGUCUCAUUCCGGCUCUAAGCGACAGUGUUGCCCAGCACCAUGUCCCGCUCCAUGCCCAGCACCUUGUCCAGCACCUUGUCCAGCAGCAGCCCCAUGUCCACCACCAUGCCCACCCCAACCAGGACCACCAGGACCAGCUGGAUGUACUGGACCACCAGGAGCACCAGGAUGCCCAGGACCUAAAGGAUGUAACGGACCAUGUGGACCACCAGGGCCACCAGGACCAGCAGGACCACCACCACGACCAGGACCACCAGGACCACCAGGAUGCAUGGGACCACCAGGACAACCAGGAGCCCCAGGACAAAAGGGAUGCCCAGGACCAGCAGGACAACCAGGACCAGUUGGACCUCCAGGACCACCAGGUGCACCAGCUCCACCACCACCACCACAGAUCUGCCCACCACCUUGCCCACCACCACCACCACCAUGCCCACCACCAGCAGCUCCAUGCCCACCACCAUGCCCUCCACCACCACCACCAUGUCCACCACCAUGCCCAUGCCCUUAAAUUAAUGAUACUAGGUAUCAUGGGAUUACUUCGCAAAUAGUCUUCGUAUUUUGACUUAUAACUUUAAGUAAUAAAUAUUCUCUUGUGGAAAUAAAAUACUGUUAAAGUACA